AUGAGUGUGGAUGUCGAUGCGCUUUCCGCCGCUGGGGCUGUGGCAGUAGACAGUCGAGAGAAGGAACCGAUCGCCAAUGGCAUCGACCAUGUCGACAAGACUCUCGGGGAUGGGAUUUCAAAGCACGAGCAGCAGAAGCCGACGAAUUGGGUGGAUAUACGAGACGAAUUCUUGGGCAAGCCACAUGUUCGAUUGAGAGUCAUAACAAUCGGCGCGGGUUUCAGUGGGUUGACAAUGGCGAACAAGAUUCAACGGACCCAUAAGCUGGACGAUAUCAUUGAGCAUGUGAUAUACGAGAAGAAUCCCGAGAUAGGUGGAACUUGGUACGAGAACAGAUAUCCCGGGGUGAUGUGCGACGUUCCGGCUCAUAUAUAUACCUUUGUCGAUAUUCCCAACCCGGAAUGGAGCCAUUACUAUGCCACCGGCCCAGAGAUCCAUGAAUACCUCAAGAAAGUCACCAGAGAGUACAAUCUCGAUCGGGACGUCCAGGUCAAUUCCGAGGUCAAAUCGGCCAUCUGGGACGAAGACGGCGGGAUCUGGAAGAUCCAGGUCUUGAAAGGAACAGAAUUAGUGCAUGACUGGUGUCAUGUGCUUCUCAAUGGUUCAGGAGUCCUCAAUCACUGGUCAUGGCCCUCAAUUCCUGGUCUCGACAAAUUCAAAGGACAUCUGUGUCACUCCGCCAACUGGCGCGAUGAUUUUGACUUCUCCGGGAAGCGCGUUGCUGUCGUUGGCAACGGUUCCUCAGGGAUCCAGAUUGUGCCAGAAAUGCAAAAGGUUGCGAGCAAGAUGGUGAAUUUCAUUCGAUCCAAAGCUUGGAUCUCGGCCCCCUUUGCCGAUGACUUCUCGAAAGAUCCUGGUGGAAAUCCCGCAUAUACAACCGAAGAGCAAGCAAGAUUCCGGUUGCAUCCCGAAGAGCUGAAGGACCUGCGACAGAAGCUCGUCCAUGUGCAGAACACAUUCUACUCGGCACUCAUCGAAGGAGCUCCAACAAAUCUCGAAGCCAUGAAAGGUGUCAAGGCUCUCAUGUACGAGCGACUGGGAGGUGAUGAAAAGUUGAUCGAAAAGCUGGUGCCAAAUUGGUCGCUUGGUUGUCGGCGUCUAACCCCCGGCACGGGAUAUCUCGAGUGCUUGAAGCAAGACAACGCCGAGCUUGUCGACGACGCGAUCGUCGAGAUUACCGAGACCGGUAUCCGUACAGCGGACGGUAAACAUCGCGAAUUCGAUGCAAUCGUCAUGGCCACGGGCUUUGACGUCUCCUUCAGGCCGAGGUGGCAGCAACUCGGGCGUAAGGGGCGGUCCCUCGCCGACGAGUGGAAGGACGAGCCUACCAGCUACUUCUCCCUCGCUACCAACGGCCAGCCCAACUAUUUCAUGUUCAUGGGCCCUGCGGGACCAGUGGGACACGGGAGCCUGACGUCGGCGAUUGACUGGACGGCGGACUAUGUGCUGAAGUGGCUGGUCAAAAUGACCCGGGAAGAUAUCAGAUCGUUCGAGGUCAAGGCGCAAGUCCAGAAUGAUUGGAACGUUUGGGGUGAUGAACUCAUGAAGCGGACUGUCUGGUCCAGUGGAUGCAGGAGUUGGUACAAGAACGGAAAAGUCGAUGGCAGAGUGACGGCCUUAUACCCUGGAAGUAUCCUGCAUUAUAAAGACAUGGUGGAACAUAUUCGUGGAGAAGAUUUUGAUAUCGACUACCGGAGCAAGAAUCGCUGGAGAUUUCUGGGUAAUGGCUUUACGCAGCUGGAGGUCGAGAAUGGAGAUUUAGGAUACUAUGUCCCCUGCUAG